AAAACAGUUGGUGCCGCUGUUUCUGGCGGCUUGGAUAGUUGUACCAUCACGAAGUGGUUAGUCGAUAACGGUGUCAAGGUCGUCUGUUUUACGGCAGAUCUCGGACAACCUGACGAACGAGAUGUUUCCGAAAUUCGGGAACGGAUGUUGGCAUGCGGUGCUGAAGACGCUAUUAUUGUCGACGCGAAAGACGCGCUUGCGGAAGCAGGCAUCCGCCUCGUCCAGUGUCAAGCCAUGUAUGAAGGUGGGUACUGGAAUACGACUGGUAUCGCGAGGCAUGUUACGGUGAAAGCACUCCUACCGGAGAUGGAAAAGCGCGGUGUCACUAUCUUAACACAUGGUGCAACUGGUAGAGGCAACGAUCAGGUGCGAUUUCAACUCGCUACCAAUAUGCUCAAUCCACACUUUGCUGUCUAUGCACCGUGGCGAGAUCCGAACUUCCUCAAAGUGUUCGGUGGCAGGAAAGAGAUGAUAGACUUCUGCCAAGCACAUAACCUACCGAUUACUGCGACACACGAGAAACCCUACUCAACCGACGCGAACCUCUUGGGACUCACACAUGAAGCCGGACGACUCGAAUCGUUGAAAACCCCGGCAGGUUUUAUUACCCCCGGCAUGGGAGUCCAUCCGAAAGACGCGCCUGAUGACGUGGAGCACUUCACGGUUACCUUUGCGCGGGGAACGCCUGUUGAGGUUAACGGAAGUCCUGUCACAUCGCUCCAGGGUCUAUUGGAGGCAAAUCGCAUCGGUGGACGAAAUGGUGUCGGAAUUGGCAUUCACACCGUUGAAAAUCGGUUUGUCGGGAUUAAGAGUCGUGGCGUUUAUGAAUCACCGGGGAUGGAAUUGCUUGGGAAGUGUUACGAGUAUCUGCUUCAACUGAUUUUAGAUAGACGGGCGCGCCGACACUUUGAUGGCGUAGCCACCACGAUUGCGGAGCAGAUUUAUCAAGGUUACUGGUUCGAUGCUGCGACGCAAGCACUACUGGCUUCUAUUGAACCGCUCACUAACUUAGCAAGUGGAACCAUUACAGUUGCACUCUACAAGGGUAACGUCGCUUUCCAUGCCUCAGGUGGGGCACCGCAUUCGCUCUACUCUGAAGAGACGGCAUCUAUGGAAGCAAUUGGGGACUUUGACCACGCCGAUUCGGAAGGAUUCUUAGCGGUACUCGGUGUAGGUGCGCGGGCAUCGGCUGUUGCAGGACAGACACAGGAGUAG